GAUAAGGUAUCAUCAAAUCAAUAGAUAGAUAGAUAGAAAGAUAGGGAAAACGGUGUAGUGUGGGAAAACGAUUACAAUUAACAAUGUUAACUUCUUCGCUCUCAUUUCUUCAUUCUUGCACAUUUCCCUCUUCUUCUUCUUCUUCUUCUUCUUCUUUGUUCACAAUUCCAACGCCAAAUCCAAAUUCAUCUUCUUCCUCUUUAUCUUUUGUGGUUCAAGCCACUACCCGAAGAGAAGACAGAAUUGCUCGCCAUGUUCGUCUCAGAAAGAAGAUUGAAGGAACACCCGAAAGACCAAGAUUGUCAGUAUUCCGAUCCAACAAGCAUCUCUUUGUCCAAGUGAUUGACGACACAAAGAUGCAUACACUUGCUUCAGCUUCGACAAUGCAGAAGGCAAUUGCUGAAGAGUUGAACUUCACCUCUGGUCCUACAAUUGAAGUAGCAAAGAGGGUGGGUGAGAUCAUUGCAAAAUCCUGUCUGGAAAAAGGAAUCACAAAGGUAGUCUUUGACAGAGGUGGUUACCCAUACCAUGGCCGUGUUAAAGCUAUUGCUGAUGCAGCUCGCGAACAUGGCCUUGAGUUCUAAAAUCAGCAUUUCUUUGUAUUCCAUGUUUAAAUUUGUAACCCGAGGAUUUAAACAAUUUUUUUAAUGACAUUUCAUCAUUUUCAAGUGAAUUUUUUUAUGAUUGAAUGCUCCUAGUUAAUAUU